AUCGUUUGGACAAGUUACUCCACUCUCUACACUGAUUGGUGAUUGCCUUCUACUUUGACUGUGUUGCUCAGCUGUCGAACGUGUUCACAGCGCUCAGACGUACUACUUUUGCUUGAAUUGGCUUGAACACAUUUAACUACGGCGAACUCGCCAAACCAACAGAACCAGGGUCGGAUUUUGGAUGUAAGGUCGCAAUUUUUUCGCUUCUGAUUGGAUUAAACCUUCAUUAGAUAAUAAGCGCGAAAAGUGGGAACUUGCUUGGUACCGGUGUUAUCUCGUGGUGGUUUUGCCUGCGGUAUGAAUGCGAUUUUGUCGGCUAAAUUCACGCAGAAUAGAUUUUUAAAGGGAUCUGUCGAACGCACGUGAAGUACACUCGUUUAGCUAGCCUGCUACAUAACCAUAUCAUCGGUGCAGCUGUUCAGUUUUUUCUCCCCCAUUAUCAUCCGUCUAACGUAAGAUGGCUACAGUUGCAAUACCAGCUAACAUCAGCGUACUGUUAUUGGACAUUGAAGGAACUACGACACCAAUCACAUUUGUUAAGGAUAUUCUAUUUCCAUAUAUCAAGGAGCAUCUAGAGGACUACCUGUCUGCACACUGGGAAGAGGACGAGUGCAAGCAAGAUGUGUAUCUCUUAAAAAAGCAGGCAGAGGAGGACACCAAGCAACACCGAGCUGGCCCGGUCCACGUUCUAGACCAGACAGUGCACACGGAUGAGGAGAAGGCUAUUCGCGAGGUGGUGGACAACGUCCUGUGGCAGAUGGCAUCAGACAGGAAGACCACUGCACUGAAGCAGCUACAGGGGCACAUGUGGAGAGCGGCAUAUGCUUCAGGGAAAAUCAAAGGCGAAGUGUACCAAGAUGUGGUUCCAGCCAUCCGAAGGUGGAGGAGGCUUGGACUCAAGGUCUACAUCUACUCCUCAGGAAGUGUAGAGGCACAGAAGCUGCUGUUCAGAUACUCUGUAGAAGGCGAUCUCCUAAAUUUAUUUGAUGGUCACUUUGACACUAACAUGGGCCUCAAAGUGGAGAGCAAAAGCUACCAGAAGAUUGCAGACAGACUUGGGUGUGCACCUGAAGACAUCAUGUUCUUGACAGACAUCACACGAGAAGCCAGGGCAGCGGAGGAGGCUGGGGUGAACGUGACCGUGGUGGUCAGGCCAGGAAACAUGGAGCUGACCGAGGAAGAGAAAUCGCACUACAGCCUCAUCACGUCUUUCAGUCAGCUGGAAGUACCAGGAUCUGCUUAACACGGUACAGAGUGUAUGCACUUGUGCACUCACUCACUCUCAUACUCACUCACUCAGAAAGCUGCUUGUUUGACAUUUGGGGUGGGGGGUUGGAGACUGGUGGCUGGGCAUGGGGAAAUGCAGGGAGGGAUUCUUAGAGAAGUCGGUGAGCAUUUUCUUUUGAUUGGUUGUGAAAUUUAAAGUUAAAGGACCCACCUGUUUUCCUCCACCUUUUUUUAAUCCUUUUAAAUAAAACCAUAUUUAAAUUUUA